UUCUGACGACUGGCUUUGGUACGGGCGGCGGUGUGCAAUUGUAUGCAAGCAGUACAGUUAGGUUAGUUUACAAAGAACAGUCGGUGCGGUUGGAGGUGUUUGGUUACGGCGUCCGUUCGCAAGCAAGUUGAAUGAGGUGAAAGUACCUGCAGUUGCGUACACACUUGAACCGUCUGUACAGUGCUCGCAGACGUUGUUUGUGAAGUGAAACAUAUUUUGGGGAAUACUCUGUACUUCGAAACCGUGCAAAAAAUUUAUCUUCAGAUACGUUGUGAUCUAUCUGUUCUGAGCCCAAAGUGCUCCACCAAGAAGUAAAGUGAGUGCUCUGUUGUCAAUAGUUAAGUUCAUCCUUCGCCAGUACCUUUUGUGGUGGGAUUUGGUUUCGGUACGUGUGCGCUAAUGGUGUGCUUUUUGUGUGGCUGUCGUAUCUAACGUGAAAGAAGAAAAAUAAAAUUGAAGUUGACGAGACGAAACCAGGAAUAAAUAGUGUAGAUUCCCCCGACCGCUAGGAUUACUCUGGUUGAAAUUGCUGCUGCAGACCCGGCGCUACGCAAACCUGUUGUCUGGCUUCUUUGUGCGUUAAGCCGGACGCUAGUGGUGGUGAGAGCGAGACGAAAAGCUUUCAUCCAAAUCCACAUCCGCAUCCUUUGGAACUCGGAAGUUAUUCUGAUCCGCUCGAUCAUAAACAUUAAAGCACUGACUUUAUAUCACCCAGCUCAAGACCCACGCCCGUCAAAAUGCCGUCGGUGGGAGUAGCUUGCGUGCGUUAUCUGGUGUUUUUCUUCAAUUUCCUGUUUGCGAUCACUGGACUGGUCGUCAUAGUAACCGGAGCCAUUAUCCAGUCAUCCUAUCAUCAUUAUUCCAAUUUCCUGGGUGAAAGUUUCUGGACUGCACCGAUAGUGCUAAUCGUGAUUGGAUCAGUCAUAUUCGUCGUUGCCUGCUUCGGAUGCUGCGGAGCUGCCAAGGAGAGUCCCUGCAUGAUAAUCACGUUCUCGAUCUUCCUCGGAUUGGUAUUCCUGGCAGAGAUCGGAAUCGGCGUUGCCGGGUACUACAAACACGAAGAACUCAGCGUUAUUCUGGAGAAGGGUUUCAACGAAACUCUCGACAAUUACUCCGACAGUUUGCCGGCCCAGGAAGCCUGGAAUCUGGUACAAUCAGAGAUGAAAUGCUGUGGCGUAAAUGGGCCGGAAGAUUGGGAGCCGAUUUUCAAGAACGAUACCGUGCCAAAAUCAUGCUGCCAUGAACUGCCGAUGGGCGUUAACAAAUGCACCCGGAAGCACGCGGAUCCUGAAGGUUGCUUCCCAAAACUGUCCGCUUUCCUGGGAUCGAAAUCGUUGAUCUUAGCUGGCAUUGGCGUAGGUUUGGCUGCUGUACAGCUUGUUGCUGUACUGCUAGCUUGCUGUCUAUAUGGAUCUUUCCGACGACAGUACGAGACCGUCUAAAUUGAAACAACUUUUUUGAUAAAUUCAACGAAGGCUCGUCAGGUAGAGUAAGACUACUUCAUUGGUGGAAAUGUUAUAAAUUUUCCACAUUUACAAAUCAUUAUAAAAAAAAGAAUCUACUUAUAUACAUAAUGCUCAUAAAAUUCUUAGCGAAAACGUUAUUGCCGAAAUAGAAUAAUAUUUAGGACGCGUAGAGAAAGGAUAUUUGACACUGAUUGUUUACUCAUCCAAAAACGUUCACAUUCCGCAAAGUUUUUUCGAUGUAAUCUACUAGUGCUAAGAUUAGAAAUGGAGCUUAAUCACAAUUCUACCCUAUCCCUCUUUCACGCUAUAGAGCACGUUAUUUCCCGCUUAAAAGGGAAAAGGAUAGAACUGGAGAAGAUCAAAGACCAAAAGCAUUUAAAAAAUUUAUUCACCAUGUUAUACACCGAUAAAAGUGGGAAAACUUGUCAGCACCUUUAAGAGUGUUAGCCACACCCACAUACAAUAAUAUUUGUAGUUUGUAGAUAAGGAGUGAUAUAUGAUGAACGUCCGUCAGAAAAAGAAAUAUUGCAGUAAAUAUAGAGACAAACGAAUGUAAGAGGAAGUUUCCUCGAAAAUCAGUAAAAUCAUUUUAGAUUGCCAAUAUUAUACUAAUUGAAACGAAACAUGAAUACAGAAAAAUAAUCCGCGAUUCAAUCACAUGUCAACGUAGAAAUUGCAAACUGUCACCACAUUGGUAGUGCAUUCUGAAACAAAUCUAUCCGGAUAAAUUUAUAGCAUCCUUUAAUGAUCGCCAUGAAUGUGCUUUUUCUACCUUCAAGAAUCUCGAAUACAUUUUUCUUUACUAAAUAAAAUGUUGAUUUAUUUAAGCUCGGUCUGAAGAUGAUAUCAAUGGUAUUCAUAUGAUUUCUUUCUAUUGUUUGUUGUCCAAAUUGAAGUCUCGAGAUGACAUAUGUAAACUAUGAUAAAAAAAAUGUCAUCUGACACUCUAGCUGUUACUGUACCAAAAUCGCAGGAUUAAUAGAUUUUAGAUUUGACACAUUCUCCGAAAUGUGAUUAAAAUAACUACACUAAAGUCUAGACUUUCAACACUAUUCCCGUGGAACAUCAUAGUUUGCGAUGAUUUUAGGUCAACACAUAGGAAGCCCAGUGCUUACCAAGCUACUAGGGUGGUAUUGAUAUUUUUAUAAAUGUAUUUUAGCGCCUAAGUCUGAAAUAAAGAUUGGCUAUAAUUAGGACUCACGCGA